UGUUUACCUUGCGGCGGGCUCUGGGCAGGGCCGCGGGGGCUGUCCCGGCUGGGCACGGGGAUAAAUACGCCUCGGGCUCAAGGGCGCAGACUGCCACUACAGCUCCGCCGCCAUGGACCCCACCGCCUGCGUUCUAGUGCUCGCCCUGGCUGCCAUGCAGGCGGCCGGCCAGGGCCAGAUCCCGCUGGGUGGAGACCUGGCCCCGCAGAUGCUACGAGAACUUCAGGAGACCAAUGCGGCUCUGCAGGACGUGAGGGAGCUGUUGCGACAGCAGGUUAAGGAGAUCACGUUCCUGAAGAAUACAGUGAUGGAGUGUGACGCCUGCGGGAUGCAGCCCGCACGCACGCCGGGCCUAAGCGUCCGUCCAGUGCAGCUCUGCGCACCCGGCUUCUGCUUCCCCGGCGUGGUCUGCACGGAGACAGCGACCGGCGCGCGCUGCGGGCCCUGCCCUCCUGGCUACACCGGCAACGGCUCGCACUGCACCGACGUUAAUGAGUGCAACGCUCAUCCCUGCUUUCCGCGCGUGCGCUGCGUCAAUACCAGCCCCGGCUUCCGCUGCGAGGCCUGUCCUCCUGGCUACAGCGGCCCCACCCACGAAGGCGUGGGGUUGGCCUUCGCCAAGACCAACAAACAGGUUUGCACAGAUAUUAACGAGUGUGAGACCGGACAGCACAGCUGCGUCCCCAACUCCGUGUGCGUCAACACGCGGGGCUCCUUCCAGUGUGGCCCCUGCCAGCCCGGCUUCGUGGGCGACCAGACGUCAGGCUGCCAGCGGCGUGGGCAGCGCUUCUGCCCCGACGGGUCACCCAGCCCGUGCCACGAGAAAGCGGACUGCGUCCUGGAGCGGGACGGCUCGAGGUCGUGCGUGUGUGCCGUCGGCUGGGCCGGCAACGGGCUCCUCUGCAGCCGUGACACGGACCUGGACGGUUUCCCGGACGAGAAACUUCGCUGCUCAGAGCGCCAGUGCCGCAAGGACAACUGUGUGACGGUGCCCAACUCGGGGCAGGAGGACGUGGACCGAGAUGGUAUCGGAGACGCUUGUGACCCGGAUGCGGACGGAGAUGGAGUCCCCAACGAGGAGGACAACUGCCCGCUGGUUCGAAACCCAGACCAGCGCAACUCUGACAGCGACAAGUGGGGAGAUGCCUGCGACAACUGCCGGGCUCAGAAGAAUGAUGACCAGAAAGACACAGACGGGGAUGGCCGGGGCGACGCCUGUGACGACGACAUCGACGGCGACCGAAUACGAAAUGUAGCUGACAACUGUCCCCGGGUGCCCAACUUUGACCAGAGCGACAGUGAUGGUGAUGGCGUUGGGGAUGCCUGUGACAAUUGUCCCCAGAAAGACAACCCGGACCAGAGGGAUGUGGACCACGACUUUGUGGGCGACGCCUGCGAUAGCGACCAAGACCAGGACGGGGACGGACACCAGGACUCGAGGGACAACUGCCCCACAGUGCCCAACAGCGCCCAGCAGGACUCGGACCACGAUGGCAAGGGCGAUGCCUGUGAUGAUGACGAUGACAAUGACGGAGUACCUGACAGCCGGGAUAACUGCCGCUUGGUGCCCAACCCGGGCCAGGAGGACAAUGACCGGGAUGGCGUGGGUGACGCGUGUCAGGGCGACUUCGAUGCUGACAAGGUCAUAGACAAGAUCGACGUGUGCCCGGAGAACGCCGAGGUCACCCUCACCGACUUCAGGGCUUUCCAGACGGUCGUGCUGGACCCUGAGGGUGAUGCGCAGAUCGAUCCCAACUGGGUGGUGCUCAAUCAGGGAAUGGAGAUCGUGCAGACCAUGAACAGCGACCCUGGGCUGGCUGUGGGUUACACGGCCUUCAAUGGCGUGGACUUCGAGGGCACGUUCCACGUGAACACAGCCACUGAUGAUGACUAUGCCGGCUUCAUCUUCGGUUACCAGGACAGCUCAAGCUUCUAUGUGGUCAUGUGGAAACAGAUGGAGCAGACGUACUGGCAGGCCAACCCCUUCCGGGCGGUGGCUGAGCCAGGGAUCCAGCUCAAGGCUGUCAAGUCCUCCACGGGGCCCGGGGAGCAGCUCCGAAAUGCGCUGUGGCACACGGGAGACACGGCGUCUCAGGUGCGGCUGCUGUGGAAGGACCCUCGCAAUGUGGGCUGGAAGGACAAGACUUCCUACCGCUGGUUCCUGCAGCACCGGCCCCAGGUCGGCUACAUCAGGGUGCGGUUCUAUGAGGGUCCCGAGUUAGUAGCUGACAGCAACGUGGUGCUGGACACGGCCAUGCGUGGUGGCCGCCUGGGCGUCUUCUGCUUCUCCCAAGAGAACAUCAUCUGGGCUAACCUUCGCUACCGCUGCAAUGAUACAAUCCCUGAGGACUAUGAGAGUCGCCGGCUGCGGAGGGCCCAGGGCCCUUGAGUGGGGCCCUGCAGCCUGAUGGACCGUGGUGGCCCAAGCUGCAGGUGUUGGGGGUCUGGCCCGGGGAGGAAAGGAUAAUAAAGUAUGUAUGC